AUGAAUUUUAUUGAGUUCAAUCUACGGUUGGCGUGCAUGCUUUUUCUCUUAGUUUGUACAUCCAACGGCAGGAUCAUACAAGAUGUGGAAAAGGGUGUAAUUGCAAAGAAAAUAAUAGUAGAUCAAAAUGGCCAAGGAAACUUUACUAGUCUGCAAAAAGCCAUCGAUUCUAUUCCAUCAAACAAUAGUGUAUGGACUAAAAUCUACAUUAAAGCUGCUAUUUACAAGGAAAAAGUUGUGAUCCCUAAAGACAAGCCUUUCAUAAUUCUUCAAGGAGAAUCCAUUCAAAAAACUAUUGUUGAAUGGCAAGAAGCUGGCAGUUCUACAGAGAGCUCUACAUUUAUUUUACAUGCAGAUAAUUUUGUAGCUGUGGACCUACUCUUCAGGAACACAUAUAAUCUUGUUCUACCACGACGGCCGGAUGGAAACGAGAUUAAAUGGGCGCCGGCAGCGACACUAUAUUCCGACAAGGCAAGCUUUUAUCGCUGCGGAUUUGCCGGAGUUCAAGACACUUUAACAGACUAUCGUGGACGUCAUUAUUUUAAUUCUUGCUAUAUUGAAGGUGCAGUAGAUUUCAUUUGGGGAGCAGGCCAGUCAGUAUUUGAGAAAUGUGAGAUAAAUGCAACGAUCGGAGUUUUAAAAGGAAGUACCGGUUUUAUUACAGCUCAAGGUCGAGUAAAUGAAAAUGAUUCGAGUGGAUAUGUAUUUUUGGGCGGUAAAAUAUCGGCCAACGGUCCAUUUUAUUUAGGACGAGCUUAUACUCAAUUUUCAAGAGUUAUUUUUAAAGACACUUAUAUUCCUCAAGCAGUCGUCCCUCAAGGUUGGGAACCUUGGAAAUCUGUUGGUCAUGAGGGUACAAUUAUAUUUUCAGAAGUGUCUUGCAGUGGACCGGGAUCGAAUACAUCUGAGCGAGUAAAAUGGGAGAAAAAUUUACCAUUGGAUGAAUUGAAUAAAUUAGUAAAUAUUAAUACAUUUAUAAAUGAAGAUGGAUGGAUUGAGGGACAACCUACUAUUCAAUGA